AUGGGGCGUAUGGACGUAUCAAAGUUGCGGUACCUGGAAGGCGAACACUUCCGGGUGAUGCUCGCCGUGGAAAUGGGAAUGAAAAACCACGAGCUCGUCCCGUUGCAGUUAAUCUCUUCGAUUGCAAGGAUACAUCGUGGUGGUGUGACGAAAACACUUGGUGAUAUUGGAAAGUUCGGAUUGGUCGCAUAUGAGCGCGGAACGAAAUACGACGGCUAUCGCCUAACCAAGCUUGGAUACGAUUACCUAGCUUUGAAAGCGCUUUGCUCUCGAGAAGUCGUGGGGUCGGUAGGAAACCAGAUUGGCGUCGGCAAAGAAUCGGAUGUCUACGUUGGCGGUGAUCCUGAACUGAACGACCUCUGCCUGAAAUUCCAUCGUUUGGGAAGGACGUCUUUCCGGAAGAUCAAGGAAAAACGCGAUUAUCACAAGAAGAGAAAGUCGGCGAGUUGGCUCUACCUCAGUCGACUGGCCGCUGCAAAGGAAUUUGCCUUUCUAAAAGCACUCGCUGAUGCUAAAUUCCCUGUACCGCGUCCCGUCGAUGUGUGCCGCCAUUUGGUGGUUAUGGGACUUGUUGAAGGGCUAACGCUAUGCCAUGUCGACGAAAUCGAUGAUCCUGGUGCUCUUUAUGACAGAUUGAUGUGCCUUAUCGCAAGGCUGGCUCGAUACGGCCUCAUCCACGGCGACUUCAACGAGUUCAACGUGAUGCUCGUGGCGGACGAAAAAGUAGUCCUCAUCGAUUUCCCGCAAAUGGUCAGCAUGGAUCAUCCAAACGCCAAGUAUUACUUCGAAAGGGACGUCGAAUGUGUUCGUACGCUAUUUAAAAGAAAAUUCAACUACGAUUGUGACGAAUUCCCAAAAUUCGAAGAGAUGACCCGAAAAUAUAAUUUGGACGUCGAGCUGGAGGCUAGCGGAUUUACCCGAAAAAUGGAGGAGGAUUUGAACAGGGCGUACGAUGAAGGCAACUUCCGGGCACAUGAGGAGACGAUCGAUGAAGGGGCUGGAGAGAGUGAGAGCAAUGAUGAUGAGGAAGACGAUGAGCCAGAAUGGGAGGAUGAACUCAGCGAUGUUGAGGAAGGAGACGAAGAGGACUCUCAAGGAGAUUACGAUAAGGAGGAGCAAGCCGUUGAACGAAAGGAGAACGAGAAGAAGGCUGAUGACAUCAGCAAAUCUGGUCGUUUCUCCUCAUGGCUUGCCACGGCUACCUCCCAAGUUGAUCAACAAGUCGAGGAGGCCACCGGGGAGCACAGUCUUCUGGAGCAUCCCCGUAAUAUGGAGAUAGCCGAAGAAGUGCGAAAGGAUCGAGAGGCUUAUAUCAAGGCUCGACAAGAAGCCGACGAAGAAGAGACCGACGCACUGGAACGUGAGAUGGGCACCGAUGCUGUCGACGACAGGAACAAGCAGGCACUUCAGAAGAAACGGACCGGUGGUACCAGGUCUGUUCGCUCGACAGGCUCCACAAUUGCCCCCGAAGAAAUCAAGCGCCGCGUUGCCUUGGAGUCAAAGCGGCAGAAAGAGAAGAUUCGCCUCAAAGUGAAGGGACGCCAAUCCGCGGUGAACCGUGGCCGCAAAGAGAACACGAACAAGAUUAACGAGGAUGCGUUCUGGGAU